CUGUUGUCGCCCGUCAUCAUGUGGACACAAUUCCAGCUCGCGGCGUCCAUCGUGGGCGUUGUUACGCUCUCCUUUUGGGCCCUCAAGCUCGUACGCACCGCCUACGCCACCUUUCUGCGCCCUUCCCAUGACCUUUACAAACGCUACAAGGGCGAGGGCGAGCCUUGGGCACUGGUGACUGGCGGAUCGGAUGGCAUCGGCAAAGCUUACGCCAUGGAACUGGCCAAGCGCGGCUUCAACAUUCUCAAUGUCUCUCGCACCCCGGCCAAGCUCGAGGCCGUCAAGGCCGAGAUUCUGGCAACUUACCCGUCCAUCCAGGUGGAGUCUGUCACCUUGGACAUGGCUCUGGCCAGCUUUGACGAAAUCUACGACGUGGUCACGCAAGCCAUGGCGGGUCGUGACGUUGCCGUCGUCAUCAACAAUGCCGGUUUGGCUCCUCACCCGCAGCGACUGGCUGCUUAUGAGGCCGUGGAAACGCUUCAAGCCCGCAACGCCAUCGCGGUCAACGUCGUGGCUUUUACCGCCGUGCUCUCAGCGGCCCUGCCCAUUCUCUCCGCCCGCAAAUCGCGCGGUGGUGUCGUCAACGUAUCGUCCUCCUCUGCGUAUCAAGGCUUUGCAUACAACGCCGUGUAUGCUUCCACCAAGGCCUACAAUCACGUCAUGUCGCAAACAUUGGCCGCAGAGGAGCGUGGCAAGCUGGACGUCAUCUCCCAUACCCCGCUUUUUGUGGCUUCAAACAUGACUCGUCUGAAGGCAAACAUGUUCGUGGCAACUGCCGAACAAACAGUGGUGGCUUGCCUCGACUCUUUGGGUCACGACGACAUCACGAGCGGAGUCCUUAGUCACAAGGUUCAAAACGCCAUCAUCGCUGCCCUUCCGCGCAACAUCUUCCAGCAGCAAACCAUCAAGGCCAUGAAGGCCACGCGCCGCAAGGUCGAGAAGAAGCUGGCAGCCGCCAAGAAGGAAUGA